GUGUGUAGAGUAGAAACGCAUGCGUUUGUAUUUUAUUGCGAUAACAAAAAUAAUAUCAACUCAACCAUGUGUCGUGUGCUGUUUCUAAUAAAAUGUUUACUCAAACAUAAAUAAAUCCGCCGCAAAGAAACGUCCAAAAUGCCACAAAAUUGAAUAAACUAAUCAGGAUCCAAGCUUGGGAUUGUAGAAGAAAUUUAAUAUGUGGAGUGCCGUAGUCCCUGCCGAUGUUGAAAGCCCAGCUCCUUCGGCACGCUCCAAACACAGUGCUACCAUAAUUGGGGAAAAUAUUUACCUCCUAGGGGGACGUAAUGGCAACUUACCCAUGAAAGAUUUCUGGAAAUAUAAUCUAAUAUCCGGUAAAUGGCAAUUAUUGAAACCCACCGGUGACAGACUUCCAGCACUGCAAGAACACUCAACAGUUGCGUACAAAAAUUGUCUCUACGUUUUCGGAGGCGAAGUGGGCUUUUCGGCCGGUACCGAAACCCCCCUGUGGUGCUACGACAUCAAAACCAACAACUGGAAGAAAAUCCGGACCAAAAAAGGCGUCGUGACGCCAAAGGGUCGCCGAGGGCACACGGCGCUGGUCCAUCGUGACCAAAUGCUCCUGUAUGGGGGCUAUCAGGACUUACGAGGGUCUUGUAGCGAAUUGUGGGCUUUCCAUUUUGAAACUGGGUCUUGGCACUUGUUAUCGACCACACCGAAGAAUGCCAAUAUCGAGGCGCUUCCACCCCCGCGUCAUAAACACUCCGCUGUUAUUCAUGAUGAUUCCAUGUGGGUGUAUGGCGGAAUGACUGAUUUGCAGGAACGAGGAGAUUUGUGGAAGUGGAAUACGCAGUCCAAAUCUUGGAGUUUUAUUAAAACUAAGAUCAAUCCGGGGUCUUUGCACAGUCAUGCCGUUUGUAAGCUGCCGUCGUCGAUGCUGCUUUUUGGAGGGGAAAGGGGUGGACACCCCACGAAUGAACUGUGGAAAUUCAGUUUUGUGACUGAAACUUGGGAAAAAAUCGUGACUUCGGGUGCCAAGCCGCAGCCCCGUUCCGAAAGCGUGGCCUUCUCCGUCUCCGAUUUCUCCCUAACCGAACCCACCGUCACCGAAAAAGCGGUCCGUCUCCGUUCCCGGACUUGCAUCUCCGCCGACCGCACCAACCGCCACUCCUCCUACCUCCCCAACAACCGAAUCGCCCCCUACGAAAAAACCUACAUUUUCCGGCCCUCUCACACCAAUUACACCGACGGCAGCGACCCCACACAGACCAUAGAGGAAAAAAAGAGCUUCUUACAGGAAAUUUCCAAAAUUUCCCAAAUCUCUAAAAUGAACAAAUGCAGCUACACCGUGUUGACCGGCUGCACGACAGACAGCACCGAGAGCCUCCUCAAGCAGCAUGCCAGUCCGCACUUUGACGAGAACGAAGCCAUCUCUUCCAAAAACGCGAUGGUCAAGUCGAAAUCGGCGUAUGUUAUUAAGAAGAAAGUCCAAGUGGAGACCGAGACGAUAACUCGAGAGCCGAUUUCAGUACCGAAUUUUUCGGUUUUGACACUGCCAACACCGGUGUUGACACCGGUUGAAGCGGCGAAGUUGGUCUAUUUGGACACCGAUGACGAAAAUGAGAUUUUAAACGAAAAGUGCGAGUUUGAUAAGCCGGUUUUGGAGCCCCCGAAGAGGGGUGAGAGUUACAGCUCGCACCUAGGGUACGCCGACAAUCCUCUCUACCAACACAUGAUGAAACUCAGCGAAAAAGAAAACAUUUCCUCGACUUCCGACUACGCCAGUAUUGAGACCAUGAAUCGACUCUCCUCUGCCAGUAAUUACAGCGUUAAGACCAACACAGCUGUCGAGGAGCCCAGAAACUUGGACAAAGACGGCCCUUUUGGGUUUUGCAACCCGAAUUAUCUGGGACCAGACAUCAAAGCGUUGCUAGAUCCCAGCGAGAAGAAGCAAAUCUCCAAAUUAUUGACCCAUCCUGAAAGCAAGGAUUCCGAAGAGAAUCUUUUGGAGUUGCAAGAGUACAAGACCGCGAAGGUGUAUUUCAGGGCUUCGACGCGAGUCCCAUCCGAUUCCCAGCGCACCAAAGAGGCGAAAAGAAGGGCCCAUAGUGCCGGAAGGGCCGAGAGUCACAAAAUCGAUAAAAACGAGGCCGAUUUCGACCGAAUUAUCGAUUUUGUUCCAUUGUAUGUCUAUGUGAUUGGGGGGAAAGAGCAUGGGCAAGUGACCAUCUUUCGGAGGCCGAUUUCGAUGUGGAAAUUGAAUCUGUUUUAAUUUUUUGCAAUAGACGUGCCAAAAUUAGGGUUCCAGAAAUUAGAUUUUCUACCUUUUCUAAUAGUUUAGUUUAGAUAGAAUAAAUAAAAUUCGUCCAAUACGUUGUGAUCAAGUUUAAUAAGAAGAGUCACUAUUUUCGGACGAAAGCCUUGUAGAUUUAGACAAAAGUGCAAUAUAUUUUCAAAUUUCGAAUUGUAUCUAGUUCAUUUGACGCAAUUGAGGGGCCUAUUGGCAUAUUUUAGAAAUUGAGGAAUUAGAUAUAGACCUCUCGAUUAUGACUGAAAACGGAAUUUAAUUAGAGUGGGCCUUGAUUUGGGUCUUAGGUGUUCAGUCAUACCAACAUAAAAGUCACGGCCAACUCGUAAUGAAGUUACUUGUCAUGUUACCAAUACACCUACAAGCCAACUAUAAGUACAACUAAAGACAUAACUGUAGAAUUAGAAAUUUUGUCGUUUCAUCUAAUUACGUGUACGAAACGUUUUGUGUUGAUUAUAUUUUUCUGUAGAAAAUUUGUUGUUGAAGUUGUUCUUUGUAU